ACACUCUAGAACCUAACAAACGUAUUCGAAAAAGGGUUUAGGGUCGUUUCCUUGUGCCCUCUUCGCUGCCUCACACUUCUCUUCCCUUCGCUCUCUGAAUCCUUAUCCAUGGCCUCCUCCUUCCUUACCUUUCCAAAACAUUUUCUUUGCCCCGCUGCUUCUUCCUUCUCUUCGUCUAACCGCAGACUUACAGGUUUACGGGAGAACUCAUUGAAGGUUAAUGCAAUUGUGAAGAAAUGGGAACCCACAAAGGUGGUUCCUCAGGCUGAUAGAGUUCUUAUUCGUUUGGAUGAGCCUGAACAAAAAACUAGGGGUGGAGUCUUGCUGCCAAAGUCAGCUGUUAAGUUUGAGCGAUAUCUAAUGGGAGAAAUUCUUUCUGUUGGGGCAGAGGUUCAAGAAGUAGGGGCUGGCAAGAAGGUAUUAUUCUCUGACGUAAAUGCUUAUGAGGUUGCGAUAUGAUCACUAGAAGAGCAGCUGGAUGGGGUGAAAGAAUUUUAUAGGUGGAUUUGGGAACUGAUGCAAAGCAUUGCUUCUGUAAAGAAAGUGAUUUAUUGGCCGUGGUUGAGUAGAGUUUGGUAUUUGUUUGCAUGAGGAUUAAGAGGACUGAGCAGCCUUGAUGUUGAUGAUAUUCCUGGCAAUUCUAUUAAAGAGAAAUGAUAUUUUAGCAGUCAAUUCUUGCUUCAUUAGCUUAAAUUUUGCAAGACUGGUGUAUGUUGCAACGGAUGAAUGUAUCCGUUGCACAUCUUUUUGAGAUGUGGAGGGUACAUACUUUUUUCAGAUGAGUUAAGUUUAAACUUUAUUAUCUUUUUAUUUAA